AUGGACGGAAUGGUGGCCACUGCCAACCUCUGCUGGGUGCACGCCUACUUCUCAAAAUCUCUCGCUAGCCUGACGAGUGACAUGGUUAAGCACCUCGGUAAUGAGAAUCCGGGCCUCGCCGCCAACCUGACAUUUGUCAACAAGGUGACGCUUGAAGGGUUACGCAUCCCGAAUGCCGAAGGUGCCGUCGUACAGCGAUACGCUGCUAGCUUAUGGCCAUACAAACUAGUAGCUUUUAUCUUGGAGCAACUUCUCGCUAAGUGCUCAGAAAAGGGUUCCUUCAAUCUACAGACCAACACGCCAGUUACAAGGCUAAAGAAGGUUGACACGUCCAACGACCUCGUUGCAGCCGCGGCCAUGGCCACAUGGAUCGUCGAGACGCCUCGUGGGAAAAUCGCCGCUGGUUCAGUGCUGCUGGCAACCAAUGGCUACACCUCGCACUUGUUGCCGCAGUUCAGGGACCUUAUUGUGCCAACGCGAGGUCAAGUCGUGGCUCUGCCGCCGCGCGACCUGAAAGGUGACGAAACUCCACUGGACAUUCGGAAUACAUACUAUUUCUUUGGCGACGCCAGCGACAAGGCUGUGGGUCGAGACGACUACCUGGUCCAGCGUCCGGCUCCAGGUUCGGAGCUUGUACUGGGAGGGGGCCGUGAACGUGGCCGCAACGCUGGUGUCGGGGUUUGGGACGACUCUGAGCUCGACGAGCCAGUGAGCCGAUGGCUUGGGGGUGAGUUGUCUACGGUGCUGGACCUGGAUAUGCGGCCUGCGAAUGACUACCGGUACUUCUCUGCUGAAGAAGAGAAGAAGGCGAAGAGUCCGGACCCCGUAGCAACUUAUGCAUGGACAGGCAUUAUGGGUUUUUCGCGUGAUGCCCACCCAUGGGUCGGGUCAGUCCCGCCGUCACUUGGUGGUGGUUACGGCCUCUGGGUCUGCGCGGGAUAUACUGGCAAUGGUAUGCCGAACGCCGCACUGUGUGCCAAGGCCGUUGUCAAUAUGAUGCUCAUGACGGAUGAUGUUGAUCUGCCGCCGGAGUACAUGCUGACGGAGACGCGCGUUGAGAGCGCCUUGGCCAGAGACACGGUGGCCGUUGCUGCUGAGAAGGGUGUUCUGGCCUUACCGUACUUGGCUUGA